CACGGCAAAUGCCCAACCCUGUCUUAGAGCCGUCGUUCCUCAUUUGUAUUUUAAGUUUUAUUUUGAGGUUAAAAUUAUUUAAAAUUGGUAAUUAGGACAAUUAGAAUUAGAGAAGAAUUAAUAUAAUCAUAUAUUAAAAAAUUUGAUAUUUCAUUAUGGAUUCUCGAAUGUACGAUCCUACUCCACAAUCUAUCAUUUUAGUAGAUAGAGAUAAUAAUAGAAUUGAACUUACUGCUGAAAAUUUAAAAGUACUUCGAGAAUGUUCAAGUGAGGGAUUUCGUAACAGAGCUAUACCUUUUGCUAUAGGUUCGGGUUUUAUUUCUUAUAUGGCAAUGAAACAAGCAAAAGUAUUGCAGCAGAGUUUUGGUAGAGUACCAGUUGUUUUAUUUUCUUCAGUAGCGGGAUUACUGUUAGGCUUAAGAAGUUACAGUCCAAUAUGCCGCGACCGAUUGAUGAAUGCACUUAAACAAAGUGCAGAUGGUUACAAUCCAAAUGUUAUGGAAGAUCCAAAAAAGCAAGUACCUUUUGAGAAGGAACAGGAAUAUUUUAGUCAAAGUAAACCAACAGAUAUAGAAUUGCCAAUAAUGGGUGAUUUUUAUACUUCAAAUAAUAAUGUAGAUAUAAAUAAUUUGGAAUUACCUUUUGAGUCGAAGAAUUCUGAAACGCAAAGAACUUACACAUCAUACGAAAACUUGAGAGAUAGAAAUCGAAGCGAACACUAUGAUAAAUACAGAAUGCAGCGACCUAAUCAGGAAGCAAAACCAAACUAUAAUAAUCCUCAUCAGCCUGGACAUCCAGGAAGUCAGACCAUUUAUCUUCCUUUUGCAAACCUUGGAGACUUGAAUCAAAAUCCUAGGAAUGUUCCACAGAAAUCCGAAUAUAGUGAACAGUCAAUGAGAUAAAAGUUUUUUUCAUAACAACAAGAUGUGUACGGUUAUGAUUAAUAGUACUAUUCUUUAAUAUAUAGACGUUUUAUGUAUUCUGUUUAUUAUAAACUUAAUAAUAAGUUUAAGGAAAUAAAAAUUAUUUCCCAUAGUUAUAAUACAUAAAAAGAAAAUAUAUUUAAUUCUUAAU